AUGAAAGCCAAAGCAGAUUUUCCACCGGAACGACAAAGUUUUAAAGCUGCUAUCGAAGAUAAUAUUGGAUCAUGUAUUGUUGCUCUAUUAUCAUUAUUAUCCUUAGUAUCCGCUAUGUUUUGGCCUUACAUCAAGAUGAAUAAAGUUUUCACUGAGCAUCUACUUGAUAUGACAUCAUUUAAUGAUUAUCUUGUUGUAAAUGUGUUCGUGUUUGCUUCAUAUACAUUUCAAUAUAUAUUAACAGCUGGAAUAUUAGAAUAUACAAAUCCACGAGGUUUCAAAUCUGAUUUGUUAACAAAUAAACAACGGCAAGAACGAAACCGACAAAUACGAAAAGAAAUUACAUUAGGAAUUGGUGCUAUGUUUGGAAACACAACAUAUGCUGUAGCAUGGAUGUAUUUUAUUGAACCAUAUUUAUGGACAACAAAUUAUUUUGUUACCAAUCAAUAUACACUAUCAUGGUUUGCUUUUAAUGUUCUUGUCUAUGCGUUGAUAUUUGACGCAUGGUUUUACUGGACACAUCGUGCAUUACAUGAAUCGAAAUAUUUAUGGGAUCAUAUUCAUACAACUCAUCAUGCAUUUAAAAAUCCAACUGCAUUUUGUCAAGAUGCUGUUCAUCCAUUAGAAGGUCUUGUACAAGGUCCGGUUGGCCAUUAUUUAACAGUGCUUGUCAUGCCUGUUCAUCCAAUUGCUUUAGCAUUUUUCGGUUUAUUUACUUCGUGUUUUGCUAUCGCCGCUCAUGAUGGACGUUUAGGAGAUUUAAAUCAUCAUUAUGCUCAUCAUAACAAAGGCAAAGGUCGUUUACAAAAUUUUAAUUACGGUCUUUACUGGGCACUGUGGGAUCUAAUCUGUGGAACUCGUUAUCACGAUGGUCCUAAUAAAAAUGAUGUCAAUGAUUCGUCGAACAUAAAAGAGCAGCCAGAGAAAAAGAUCACAUGA